AUGCACGCUGACACCAUUAUAUUUUGUAUCGUCACAAUUUUAUUACGAAUGAAAGAAACACAAGAUGAUCUAGAAGAAUUAAUUGAUCUAUGUAAACAAACACAUAUUGGAAAUACGAUAGAGCUUGAAAUAAUCAAAAAAAUUGAAAGAGAAUAUUCUGCUGAUAAAGCCAUCUAUUUUUAUACUGGUGACAAUUGUUUAUUUAAAAUGUUAAAUAAAGCAUUACGUACAAAAGAUAUUGAAACAAUUGUUUCAUUUCGACGUUUUAUCAGAGACCUAUAUAAACAACUAAAAAAACUGCAUCGACAUCAACAACAGACAAUAACAAAAGUUUUUCGUGGUCAAAUGAUGUCACGUGAAGAACUCACUAAACUAUGUAACUCUGUUGAAGGAUAUGUUUCAAUGAAUUCAUUUUUAUCAACGUCACUUGAUAAACAAGUAGCAUUAGAAUUUUUAAAACUGGUUAAGUACAAUGAUCAAUUGCAACCAGGUGAUAUAAACGAAUAUAGUUAUUUCAAACGAGAAAAAGAAGUAUUAUUCUUUACAGGUUCAAUAUUUUAUAUUCAACAAGUCAGGCAGAAUGAGCAAUAUUGGACUAUUCAGCUACAAUUAUGUGGCGAACAAAACAAUGAACUAAAAGAUAUUUUUUAUCAUUUGAAAAAACAAAUUGCGAAAGAAACAGAUCUCAUUUUACUUGGUAGAAUAUUGAUGGAUAUGGGUGAACGUGAAAAAGCUGAAGAAUAUUUAAUAAAUUUAUUGUCAAAAUUACCGAAAAAUGAUCAUAGAACAAUUAGUCGUUGUCUAGCAAUACUUGGUCACAUUACAAACGGUAAAGGUGAUGACUAUCAAGCCAUUCAUUAUCAUCAACAAUCAAUUAAAAUCGCUGAAAAAUUUCCAGACAAUGAAUUACUUUUAGCAGAAAACUAUUGUGGUCUUGCAAAUGGAUAUGAUGACAAAGGAAAUCAUACUCAGGCGCUAAUAUAUUAUCAGAAAACAUUGAAAAUAUACAAAAAAUUUUAUGAUGACAAUCAUAUUAAUCUUGCUCUAAUAUAUUUUAAUAUUGGUAAAGUAUAUAAUAACGAAAAUAAUAGUAUUGAAGCAUUAUCCUAUUAUAUGAAAGCAAUAAAAAUCCAGGAAAGUAAAUCUAUUAAUCUCGAAUUAGCCAAAACAUACGAAGCAGUUGGUGAUAUCUUUUAUAACAAACAUGAUUAUGUAAGAUCUUUAUCCUAUCAUGAAAAGGCGUUGAAAAUCAAUGUUAAAACACAUCCAAGUACAGAUGUUGCUCUUGGAAUAAGUUAUGCUAAUGUUGCUAGUAUGAAUAAUGCAACAGGUGAUUAUCCAUCAGCUUUAACAAAUUAUCUCAAAGCACAAGAAAUUUUUCUUCAUUCUCUUUCACCAUCUGAUCCAGUAGUUAAUCGAAUUGAAAAUGAUAUUAAAAAAGUUAAACAGAAACUAAAAUAG